AUGACAGGCGGUUGGUGUUGGGGGGCUGGCAAGUUAAUCCUCUUAAGGAUGCCCGCAUCUGUGGCUGGUGGAGGCCACCAUUCAAGUCUCGGCCAACAUGGCAUCUCCGACAAAACCUCGACGACAUCUCUUCUUCAAGUAACAUUUUCCACGUUCUUCACCGAUACAUAA